AUGCAUCAAUACAGCUCAUCUAUUGCUAUUUUGAAUAUUAUGGCUAUACUAUUGUUGAGUAUCAUUCCAAGUCAAUCGACUCCAUUGGAUGAUUACGUUCAUGCUGAAGAUCCUCAUUUUGGUUGGAGCCUUAUACAAACGUAUGAUGAAGCAGAUUACAAACUAUAUAUUCUUAAUUUUACAUCACAAAAAUGGUACGAUGAAUCAUUUUCAAGUCGACCUAUUUGGUGGCAUUAUCUAUGUGUUAUUGUACCACAUAAAUUAACGCGACCCAAUACUGCUUUCAUGCUUAUUGAUCAAGGAAGCAAUACGGACCGCAUUCCACAACCACAAGAUGACUUUGUCGCUUUGACAUCGAUGGUUGCAGUUGGCACAGGAAGUAUUGCCGUUGAUCUUCAAGAUAUUCCAAAUGCACCAAUCCGCUUUCCAGCUGAUCCAACUAAUCGAAGUCGUCAUGAAGAUUCGUUGAUUGCUUGGACUUGGAAAACAUUUAUUGAUAAUUCAUCAAAUCUUUAUGCUCCUGUAAAUAUUCCAAUGACAAAAGCAUCAUACCGUGCAAUGGAUGCUGUUCAACAGUUUACAGAUAAUCAAAAUAUUACUACACCGAAAACAUUUAUUAUUGCAGGUGCCUCAAAGCGUGGAUGGGCAACUUGGCUAACAGCUGCUGUCGAUAAUGAACGUGUCAUUGCUGCUAUACCUAUUGUCAUGGAUAUUCUGAAUUUUCAAACUAACUUGCAUCAUCAUUAUAGGUCAUUGGUUGGUUGGACUUUUGCUUUCAAUGAUUAUUUUCACCUGAACAUCACCCAAUAUGUUGAUUCAGAAAUUUUGACUCAAAUGGCAGAAUCUAUUGAUCCAUAUUACUAUUUCGAUCGAUACGCAAAAAUGAAAAUCUUACAAAUACAAUCGACUGGCGACGAGUUCUUUCUUCUCGAUAAUGAAGCGGCUUUCUGGAAUAAACUUCAAAUUGCAACAGGUGGAACAUAUCUUCGUCGAAUACCUAAUGCUGAGCAUACAUGCAUUGGGCAUAUAAUAAGUUUAUUUUUUACGAUGCGAAGUUUUUAUUUGAGUGUAUACGAUAACCGGCCAUUACCUCAACUUCAAUGGAUAAAAUCAUCGAAUAAUACACAUGGAUAUAUUCGUGCAACGGUCGAUUUUAGCACUGGACCUAAACCCAUCAGUGCUCUUGGUUAUCGUGCUCGCACGUUAAACAAUAAACGACGUGACUUUCGUCUUCUCAUUGCUAAUCCAGAUGAUCCAACUAAAUCAAUGGCAAAUCCAGUGUUUUGGUUCACAACGGAUCUUGUCAUUGAGGCAGAAACAAGCACAACAAUCGUCUAUUCAUUAACAAUAGAAAAUCCGGUAGAUGGUUGGGAAGGUUUUCUCAUUCAAGUGAAUUUUCCUGGUCCUGACGGUACUGCAUUGGAAUUGACGACUGAAACACAAAUUAUACCCGACACUUAUCCAACAACUGAUUGUCACGAUACGCAAUGUUGGGGAACACUUGUCUAG